AUGAAGAACUCGAGCGAACCGAGCUCCAGGGGCGACAGGAUUUUCAGGCCACAGUACGACGCCUUCGACGAAGUAAUGGAGAACCCUAUGAGAUCCUGGAUCGACGAACGGGCGGUGAAUGAGACGGCCACGCACCUGAGGGCCCAGACCCAGCAGUUGGACGGGAUUAUAACUAAGUACCUUCGUGUUUUGGAGCGUGGCAAAGCCACGGACUGGACAGGCGAGCACCCGCACUCGUCAUCGAAUUCGACGCUUAGGCAGAGGUGGCGCCUGAUACCGAUCCGCUUCGAGCAGGCGGCCAGACGCUUCGGAUGGGUGCAGCAGAUGGCCAAGGACGCCCUCGCGCACCAGCAGCGGGCGUACCUAGCCAUGGCACUGGUGCUGGCGAGCGGCACCGACAGCAAGAAGGAGCCCGAGUUUCAGCGAGCGGUCAGGCGCCGCGACGAGGGGAACGGCGGCCAGACUGCUCAGAAGACCACCGCAGGCGUCAAUGGCCACAACAAAGGGCUGUACGUGCUGAUGAUGAAAAUGCUGCUAUCGCUCGCCCAGAGCCGUCGGAACAUCGAGGGGGUGCUGUUCGACGUGCUGAUCGCCGAGCUCCCCGAGGUGCUGAAGAUGCAGGAGCAGGGCUCGGCCUACAACGCCCAGGUUCAGGCAAAGGGCAAGGGCCACGGGCUCGGCGCCCCCCACCUGUUCGUGUUCGGGGGUCUACUGGAGGCGCUACUGCCGCGCCAACAGAGCAUCGGCAAAGUGAACUUCGAGAAGCUGACCGAGUUCAAGGCUCGGCUCCAGACACUCGACUACGAAGGAAAGAUGGACAUCAUCCGCUUCACCAAGGUAGACAGGUGCUACGACCAGGGCAAGCGCAGGAUCACGCUGUGCCUCCAGGAAGGCCGCAAGGAGGUGAUCAGCGCCCUCCAGCAGCUGGGCGCGGAGCUGAAAUCGGGCAGAGCGCCGGCGAGCCACAUGGAGAGAGAGUUGCAGGAGUGGCUGGAGGGGCCGCUCGGGAUCACAGAUGCCAAUGAGAACGGCUUCGCCUUGGAGGGUGUCUUCGGGGUCCACGGGAUCACAGAUGCCAAUGAGGAGAGUUUCGCCUAUGGGGAAUUCCUCUGGGUCGACGGGAUCACAGAUGCCAAUGAGGAGGGUUUCGCCUUGGAGAGUUUCUUCGGGGUCUACGGGAUCACAGAUGCCAAUGAGGACGGUUUCUUCGGGGACGUCGGGAUCACAGAUGCCAAUGAGGAGGGUUUCGCCUUCGAGGGCGUCUUCGGGGUCGAGGGGAUCACAGAUGCCAAUGAGGACGAGCUGGUCUGGACGGAGGCCGCGCGGACCCCCCGGGGCCUCGCGUGGGUGGCCACCUGGCUGCUGCAGGCGCCGCUCUGGCUCCGCGUGCUGCGGGCGCACUCGCCCCUGCUCCUGCACGAGGGCGCUAACUUCCUCUUCUCGGCGCAGGCGGCCGUGUACGCCCUGGCCGGCGCGGGGGGGGCCUCGCGGCUCCCCUCCGCGGGCCUCCUGGCUUCCUCGGGCGGGGGCCCGCCGCAGCGGCGGCCGGGCGCCGCGGGCUUGGCGGCGCUGCUGCUGAAAUGCGCCGCGCGCUGCAGCCUGCCGGCGCUGUACGUGGCGUGCCACGGGAUGCCCGCGGACUGGCGCGUGGCGAGCUGUUUCCUGGUGGCGGAGCUCCGGAGGAGGACAAGGAGCAGGGCCCGACGGUGCUGCGGGAGCUGGUGCUGGCCCUGGGCCUCCGCGGCGCGCCGCGGCCGGAGCUGUUCCCGUGGGCCGCGGCCUACCCGGCCGCGCACGCCGCCGAGGGCUCCGACGAGGACGGCGAGUGCCCGGAGCACGGCUCGUGCGCCAUCUGUUGGUCCAGCCUCUGCAGCCCGCUCGGGCCGGCGUCGGCCGCCGGCGCGGCCGCCGCGCUGCGGCGGCGGCUGGCCCCGGGGCUCGCCGCUGCCCGCCGGACGCCAGGGGCCUCGUGCGGCCUUCGGGGGCCCCCAAACGGGUGCCGCCGUCCUGGUGGGGGGGCCGCGUCGCCACCACGGAGUGCGGCCAUCUCGCUUCCACCUGCGGUGUCUCAGCAUGGUGGACUCCCACGGGCCAGCGGUGCCGCGCUGCCCGCUCUGCCGCACCGCGCUCCGCGGCGUCGCCGGCGCGGAGGUGCCGAGCGAGGAGGAGCUGGACGAACAGCGCUGGAACGUCCUCGUCGGCUUCGGCAUGGGCCUCGCGCUGCUGCUGCUGGUGCACGCCGCGAGCCGCAAGGUGCGCGCGCCCUCGACCGCCCUGACCGCGAAGCUGCACGGGCUGCUCGCGCCCAGAGCCUCUGGCGCGGCCGGCAUGGCCGCAGGUCAGGAGAUCCCCGAGCCGCGCCAGGUGCACCAGGACGCAGUAGCUACACGGCGGCAGAAGUUGUUCAACCUUUCUCACUCGAUUGCCCCGCAUGCAGCUUCACGGCUCAAGAUCUCCGACAACUUCAGAUACACAUACGCACACACUGUGCCCUGGGUGCUCCUACUCUCCCUCGGCCUCGGCUUCGACCGCGGCAUGUCGCAACCAGACGCGGCGUCCAUGGACCUGGAGCUGCUGAUCAAGAAGCACAAGCGCAAGCCAGGCGACGGCGAGGACCUCGGAGGAGCACCCUCGGGAAAAAAGGCCAACCUCGGGGACGCAGCAGACGAGGCAGAAGACGGUCUUCAGCAGGUCGAGGGGGCCCUUCGGGCUCGAGACAUGCAGCAGGCCAUAUCGAUAUUGCUCAAGAUGGCGUGCAUGCACGCGCAGCUGCUGAGGGACUUGGCGGCGUCGGAGUGGGUGUGCCUCGUCAUCCCGACGCUGAGCUUCCUGGUGGUCGCAGGGCGAGGCGCAGGCAAAAUGUACGCGGAGGCGGCAGCCAUCGCGGCAGCGAAGCCCCAUCUGGGGCCACCACAUUUGCACAUAGCGCGCGGCGUGUUCAAGUCGAUGGUCGAAUCAGAGAAGCUACAGAAGUCGGGGACUCAGGCGUACCAAACCCUGGUCCUUUUUUACGAGAAGUUCGUGUCGAUCAGCUCGGCUGCGGAGCUAGGAUUAGUGAUCAGGCACUUCCGUCUGAAGAAGUGCUACAACGAGGAGUACACCCGACUGCAGUUCGCGAUCGGCGGGGACGUCACGGUGCAGCUGGCGGACGCUCAAGAGGGGUCGCCCGAGCGUCAUCUGAGCAAGCUGGAGGUGGAGCAGUCGAUCAUCAAGCUAGCUCAGCUGGAGGACGCGAAGCUCAAGCUCGGGACCGCCCCUCAGGGGCACUUGGAGACCAUGGCGCAGCGCAUCCUCGACAAGACGAAGCAAAAGGGCAAGGGCAAGGGCGCCCUGGCCGCCAUGGGUCAGAGCCUGUCCGAGCAGUGGCAGCGCGUCGUCGGCGACCCGCAGCACCUCUGCGGCGCGCCGCCGAGCGGCGUCGGCGGGGCCGCCUCCGGGGUGUGGAGCCGCCUCUUCGGCAGGCGCGAGGUGUGUGUCAUCAUGGUGGGCCUCGACGGCGCUGGCAAGACCACGGUGCUUUACCGGAUGAGACUCGGCACGAUUGUGACCACAGUCCCCACAGUAGGUUUCAACGUGGAGAAGCUCGAGUACAAGAACCUCGUCUUCACCGUCUGGGACCUCGGGGGGCAGACAAAGACACGCAAGAUCUGGGAGCAUUACUACCAGACCACGGAUGCUCUUAUCUUCGUGGUGGACAGCUCCGAUCGGGAGCGCAUCGAGGAAGCCCACGAGGAACUCCUCAAGAUGCUGCACAGAGAGGAGAUGAGAGACGCAGCGCUCCUGGUUUUGGCGAACAAGCAGGAUCUGCCGGACGCCAUGACGACGCAAGAGCUCACGGCCAAGCUCGGGCUAAAUGGCCUUGGCAGGAGCCGAAAGUGGCUUGUACAAGAGACAACCGCAACUGUCGGUGACGGGUUGUACGAAGGCCUUGAUUGGCUUACCCUCACCAUAGCCGGCUACUAGUAAUAUGUGACCAGGGCAACAUGGUCUCUCGCUUCUGCCAGACUGGUCUGAAUUGGUGUGGCCCCCCUUCUUCCUCUCCCCUGCCCCCCUCCCUCUUCCCUCCUGUGCACUCCCCCCUUCCUGCAGCCCAGCGCGCGCAAGUUUUUUUGUGUGGCAAGGCGCCGCCUGGGCGCCAGGCUUGACUGACUGAACGGUUUCACGCGCCGAGCAGACCCCAAUCAGUAUCGUUUCACCGAUCUCUAACCCCAUCCUGAUCCCUAUCCCGACCCCCACCAUCCUACCACCCCAGUUGGGGAUGUGCCUCUCGAAGCCCGCGGGGCACAGCCUAUAUCCGCAUCCAGCGGGGUGAGUCUGCCAGUGGGGCCCAGGCAACGCCAGUGGGGACAGGGAUCGGCUCAUCGAUGCCCACCCCAAGGGGUCGGCGGAACUGUGGCUGCACCUCGCGCGCCGCGCCGCGCGCGGCACGCGACGGCCUGCCUCGAGGGGCCGAGCGGCCCCGUCCUCCAUCUCGGCUGUCAGCGUGCACCUUCCCCCCUCCUCCAUACCCCCCUCUGCGCGCCGCCAGAGCGUGCAAAGAGGUCUGUGUGGCAUGGGGCGACGAUCGCGCCUUGUGCAGUGCGAAAGUGCAUC